UUGGACCAAGAAAUCAUAAAUCAUAAUCCACCACCAAGUAUAGAUUGGGCUAAGCCAACCCGGACUCCAAUCGGAAGUCUGUAGAAGGUUAUGCACCAAUGCGGUGACGGGAUUCAGAAUUAACCCUUGGAUACCAUCGUCUUCCAAACCCGUCCAACGAAUCCGGUUGAGCAGUAAUCUCGUCGUCAGAGAUGGACUUGCCGUUCGUCUCCCCUGUGUAUCCUUCGAUCCAAAAGAGAGCUUUCAGUGGACACAACCGAUUUUGCACGGUGCGUAGGGAAGAGCCUUGUAGAAGAAUGUUUCAAUGUUUGGCAACCGUUGUUAGCCAAACAUCUCAGACAUAUAAUUACGGGUUGGAAACCAAAAAGAACGAUCUUCUGGUUGCCGUUCAAGAAACUCAACGUGGCCUCGUCGCAUCAUCUGAUCAACGUUGUGCCAAGUAAUGGUUGUAGGUCAAUGUAGAGACGUAUAACAUGGGUCUCCCUAUUGACUUGAUGAAGUUGGAUGGCACAUGGCGGCUACAGUAUACUUCUGCUCCUGAUGUUCUUAUUCUCCUGGAAGCUGCAGCCAGGCUUCCUUUCUUUCAGAUUGGGCAAAUCUUCCAGAAAUUUGAAUGUCGUGACAGUUCGAAUGAAGGAAUUGUUCGAAAUGUGGUUCGCUGGAGUAUCCCAUCACUCUUAGAGGAACAGGAAGGAGCAACUCUGCUUGUUUCUGCCAAAUUUUCGGUUGUUUCUUUGCGUAAUAUCUACCUCGAAUUUGAGGAGAUCAGUGUCCAAAAUAUAAAGAUUAGCGAAGAGCUGCAGGCUUUAAUUGCUCCAGCAAUACUACCACGGUCAUUCAUAAGUCUUCAGAUCCUGCAAUUUCUUCGAGGCUUUCAAGCUCGGGUUCCUGUGAGGAAUUCAGAGAGGAGACGAACAGUGGGAGGACUGUAUUACCUCUCAUAUUUGGAUGGGAAUAUGCUGUUGGGUCGUGCGGUUGGUGGCGGCGGAGUUUUUGUGUUUACCAGAGCUCAACCUCUCCAGUGCUAAACCAGCCAUCAAAGAAACACUCUAAAAAAUUCCAUUAGUUAGCCAAUUAUUGUUAUGGAUAUGGAUUAAGGAUCAUUGUUCUUUGAUCUUGUACUCUACUGUUAAUUUUUUGUUCUAGUUCAGUUAAGAAUGAUGCUUUGAUACCA